AUGGCUUUUACCACAGAUCCUUGUCCUUCAAAGGAAAUGGACAUCAACUAUCCAUCCUAUCCCCGCGCAAUGAUACUUGAUCCUGUCCUUCCUCAUAAGCAAACCUUCAUUAUUCUCCACGGCCGUGGAUCAUUUGCGGAAAAAUUUGCCCCCCCACUUCUAGAAAUGAAAAAUGAUCACGAGACGAUUCAAACAGCUUUUCCUCACGCAAAAAUCGUAUUCCCCACUGCAUCACGAAACCGGGCCACAAUAUACAAAAAGUCCUUUACGCAUCAGUGGUUCGACUGUUGGCAUCUUGAGGACUAUAAGAAAAGACAGGAUAUGAUGCGCCCAGGUCUCCACCAAAGCUGCAAUUACAUACAUUUCUUGUUAAAGAGAGAAAUCGAGAUUGUUGGUGCUGAGAACGUAGUACUUUGGGGAUUGAGCCAAGGAUGCGCUACUUCUUUGUCAUCACUCUUAGCAUGGAAUGACGAGCCAUUCGCUGCUGUUGUGGGAAUGUGUGGUUGGUUACCUUUCGGCAAUGUGGUUGAAGAGCUGAGUGCGAAAUCGAGCAGUCAAUUUUGUACAGCUGAAAGCCAAGACGGAGACGAUGACCUCUUUGCACGAUCUGAUUAUGAGCAUGACCCUUUUGCACGUUCCGACGGUGAAGCGGCUAGUGAGGAGUCGAGUUUGCAAGCGAGUGCUCUUAGCUUUUUCAGAGAAGAGAUUGAUAUGGACCAAAAGAAAGGGACGAUUUUCCAACAGAUUCCCGUAUUUUUGGGAAAUGGCAUGGAGGAUCCAAAAGUAUCCAUUGAAAUGGGAAGGGAGGCUGGGAGGUGUUUAGAUUUGCUUGGUGUGGAUGUAAAGAUCAAGGAAUACGACGGACUAGGUCACUGGUACUCCGAGCAUAUGCUUUCCGACAUCUUUCGAUUCCUCAAGCAGAAUCUAAAAAAUACAAAGUAG